CGCUGGGUCCACAGUCGUCGCCUCUGCUGUUCGGUCCUGCUCCCCGCAUCUUCCGUCCACGUCUCAUCGCGCCUUGACUGCCCCAGACUGGCCUGAUUGUGGCGGAGUUAGUGAUAAAUCGAGCACCAAAGGAUGGACGCGAUUUCUUAGACUGGUCCGUGGUGGGAACCAAGGAAGAACUUGGAUUAUCCUCUUGAAACUGUAUUCGCCAAUUUGUUUUCAAUAAAGCAUCUUAUGACUGUUACUUACUCAGCUGAUCUUCCACAAUCUUGACAAGCAUGGAGAUAAGAUUAGAAGUUUUGACAUCAACAAGUAUCAAGCAGAAAAAACCGUGGCCACGAGUCUCUUGGUUGGGACAGGAAAAUGAAGCUGUUUUUCUUUUGGAUGAUAAAUUCAUAAAUGAAAUUAAUUUACACUCAGGAAGGACAAAGAAGAAAAUUCCUAUUCUGCAGCCUUUGCUGAAAGAUGUUAUUGUCCUAACAACGUCCAGUAAUGAUGCCUGGCUGGCUGGGGUACUCACUACAGGCGAACUUUUUCUUUGGAACAAAGAUCAAGAUUGUUUGAAAACUAUACAAGCAUCUAAAGAGCCUAAGGAAAUGAUUAAAGCUGCAGUAGCAAGCUCUUUGAGAUUGUAUUUAUAUGUAUCUGGAGAUGGGAAAAGAGUUCUGCUUACAAUGCCCUCUGGUUGCACAUUCCUUUGGGAGUAUUUGGAUUCUAAGAAUAUCGUCUCUUCUAAAAGUCCUUCACUGGUGGGCCAGUGGUCCCAGAUCAGACCUGAGGAGACAGUUCUUUUGCCUUCCACUGAAGAUAAAGAAGCUGUGAUACAUGCCGUUUUCAUAAAAAAUGAGUUAUUUGGAGACUGCUGCUUGUGUUCAUUUACUUUUUAUUCUGGGGAAUGCCUGAAGUUAACAUUUCUGGCAGUUCGGUGGCAUGAGAAUGUAUUUAUACCCAUAAGAUCAUUGCCAUAUCAGGUUCAUUGGGCACAACAGGACUGUUUUCUCUGCAGCCUAAUUCCUAAGUGUGAACCUGUAAAGUCAAGAGGAGCUCUAAUUUCUGCCUUUUCAAGAGAUGGCCUUACCCUGGCAGUAACUCUUAAUCAGAAAGACCCAAAGGCAACUCAGGUAUUAUUUAUAAACACCCUGAAUUUUGUUACCCUCUCUGGUAGCCUUAAAGGAUGUAGCAACAAGAAUCCUGUCGUUCCAGCUACACUUAUCAGGUCCUACUGGGUAGGUGAUAUCAGCUGGACACAUGAUAAUCUUUUUCUGACUUGUGUUUUAAAACGUGGCUCUCUGGUUUUACUGACCUGCCAAGGUGAAUUGCUAACGUUAAUUACAUUUGGUUGCUCUAUAGAAUUUGGGCCAGCAGAAUUUAUCCCUCUUCAUCCACUGAUAACAUAUAGACCACAGCAGUUUACAUUUCAAGAUUCCAAUAAUUCUGUAGAUUCAUCAGCUUCUGAUAGUGACCCUACGAGACAGAGAUUUUCCAUAAAGGCUCACUCACGGUUACCCUACCUCAUUAUUUCUGAUGGCUAUAUGGUCACAACCCUUCGAUUUCUUGAUAACCUGUCUCCAUCAGUGCUCAUGAGAUCACUUCUACUUGAUUCAACCCAGAGGCUUGAGAAAACAUACCAAAGUGUGUUAUUGUCUAAGCCCAAAGGCGAGGGGCUGAACUUGCGAUCGUUGGAUUCCCUAAGGUCUAGUCUGUUAAAACAGCAAGGAAAGGAAAGUUCAGCUGAUUUGACUAUUCCCAAAUUCUUGCAGGCAGAAGAAACACUGGAGUUAAAUGAAAAAACAGAAGAUUUGCAGGAUUUUGAGGCAGAAGGAACUAAUGAAGGCAAACACUUUCCAAACAACUUAUUCCCUUUUUGGAACCAAAAAAAUGAUCUGUUAUUCAGUAGUGUCAAGGAGGGAAGAUUGGAAUUUGCAUCUAUGUUUGAUACGAUACAUGCAAAGGAUGACACUGAGGAGACAGAUAGAACCAUUACAGAGCUGCUCUCUAUCCAGAAAAAUCUCCUUGCAGCGUGGAAUAUAGGAAUUUCAAAAAAUGUGACAGAAAAAAAUUUAAUGUUAAAUUAUACAGUAGUUUGUAUCACUCAUUUUUUCUACAUUCUUCAAUUUGUAAAAUGUCCUUUCCCUAAACAUCAUAUUUUUUUAGGCAAGAGCCCAACAGAUAAUGCAUGGAUGCUUAGUAUCUUUCAGCUUUUCCAUCAGUGUUUAUCAAUCCAGUAUUGGGAUAUGAGAUACCAACAAGAUGUGGAACAUUUGGUGAAGCUGACCUCACAGACUAUAAAACUUUUGCUGAUUCAGCAACAGCAGGAUCAGUUAUUCUCAGAGAAGCUCUUAGCCUGUUUUUAUUUACUUAAAAUGGUGGCUUCAAAUUUAAAUGGCAUAUAUAAUCUUCAGCCUGAAAUUAUUUCUACAUCAAUUGAUGGAAGUAGAACAGCAGAUCAAGACUCAUUGGUGGUACCUAUUUUUCAAAGGUUUCAAAACUAUGAUUCUCAGGAAAAAUGGUCUUGGAACUCAUUUUUCAAGAUACAUCCUCAAGCAGUAAAUCUUGUUCAACAGCCAAGCCACAGAUUGAUUGUUCUCUGGAGAGCGUUGUACAAAAAAACUUUAUGGUAUCAAGCACAAUUAAGUCGAAGCGCUCCUCAAGGUGACAGUCAGUUAACUGAAAAGAUGACACAUGAAGCAUCUACUGUCAAGUCCCUGCUAUGUCACAUACAGGCUAACUUACAGGCUGCUGGAGAUCACUUGAACCAAACCAUGGAACUUAAAUCUAUAAAUGGUGAAGAGUGUUUUCUAUCAGGAUCAUAUGAAGAAUCUGUUCAGCUGUGGAAGAAAUCUCUACAAGAAACUCUAGAGGAAGGAGGAAAAAGGACGUGUUUUCUUCAGAUACGCUAUUAUCUUUCUCUCUUAUACUGCUACCUCUAUGACUAUAAUUUGAAUGAUGCUCAAGGAUUGUGUGAUCAGCUAGUAAGAGAAAUAAUGAGGUGGUCCCACCUACCUGUAAAAGAAAAUGAAGAUUGUUCAGCUCCUGAGAAGUCUCACUGUCAGUUUGGAAUGACUGGAAAUGUUCAUCCUGAAGCAGCAGUGAGGGUUAUCCAGUCCAUGGCCCGGUUCAUGGCCGCCUAUUUCACCAAUCAGCUGCUUUGCAUUUUGCCACCUCACAAUGUGAAUGUCCUUCCUCCACUUCAUAUUAAAACAGAGCAGUCUCUUCGACUUAUUAUUCUACAGCACUCUAAGGUGGCCAGUGUUGUUAGAGAGCAGAAUCUCUCUAAUGUGUGGACAGUUGAAUAUGCACUUGAAUUAUUAUUUAUUGGUGGCCUGGUUCCAGAGGCUGUGUGGUUAGCACAUAAACUUGGAGACUGGAAAACAUCUGUUUCAGUUGGUGUGGCCUUCCAGCUGUUCUGUAAACAUGAUAGCAGUUUCACAAGGUCUAAGAAAAAGGGUCUGCAGCUACCAUUAAAUUUGACUCCAGCACAGAUUUUCCAGGAAAAACUUCAGUGCUUUUUAGGUCAACCAGCCUCUUCAGAAGCAAAAAAUGAAAUGGGUUCAAAAUACAAACAAUUUACAGAUCCUAUUGAAGAAGAAGAUGGAACUCUUCUAUUUGGUUCAGUGCAGGAAGUACUGAAAGCAGCAGUUAUGGCUGAUGCAGACAUUCUUUCAGAGACAUUUCAGCUUCUGAUAGACUCUGCCAAGGACUUCAGUAAGGGACUGUGGGGCUUAGUGCCUGCAGGCUUGUACCUUCCAGCUCCUCCAUUGUAUUGUCCGCAGCCAGCUAUUCUUAGUGAAGAAGAUGGUGAUGAUCUUCUUUUAAAAGCUGAAAAAGAUUAUCGCCAAAAAGUGUCUGGAAUCCUUCAGCGCAUUCUCUUGCUUUUCCGGGCAGCUCGGUGUUCUUUUCCUGCAGCCCAGUGGUACAUUUUGCAGUUGAGGUGGGCAAGAAAAGUCAUGCAGAAGAUUCGAAUAAAAGGUUCCCUUCCUUCCUUGAGUCCUUUCCCUCAGUCGUUACUUAAUUACUGUAAAGGAGGGAUAGGAUUCUUUAGACCUGGAGCAACUGGAGACCGCAAGCUUGAUGAAGUUUCCAGUAAAGCAAUAGGUUGCUUCAGAGAACUUUGUGCUUUGUGUUGGAUGCUGCAUGUCCGUGAAAAGUUAUCCUAUAGUUGCAGGCAGUAUCAGAAAGCAAGAGAAAAUGUGGGAGAAAAAAAGGACUUUGAAUUGGAGUUUGAUUCUUGUAUGGUUGAGCACUGUCUUAGUGCUGUGGAAUGGGCUUAUAGAAUGCUACCUUUCUCUCGAUUUUUGAAUAUUGAAGAGCUUAUUCAGGAUAUAAUUUUGAGCCUUAUUGGAGAACUUCCACCAAUCAUAAAGGUAGCGGAAAUUUUCAUGAAAGCGUUUCCAAAUCCUGAGGACAUAAGGGUUCCUUUAAGAGAAAAAUAUCACUCUCUUCAACAGAGACUCAGACACUGUGUUGUGAAAGGUCCCCAAACUGAGGAAAUGAUGUCUGUUACAAUGCAUUCUAUCCAUAAAGUGAGGGUGAAAGCUCUAAAACGUGUGUGGAGAAAUAUAGGUCCUUUUGAGACAAAUAUAUGGGAACCAGUUGAAGAAGAAAAACCAGAUGACACUCAAGUUUUUGAUAGGUUUUCCCUGGGGACUAGUUUGAGCAGGAGCACACUCACAGAACUGGGGAAUUCUCUGCUUCACAGCGAUGCAGAUACAGUGGGUACUUUCUCUGAAGCUUUGUCAAUGGAAGAAAAAGAUAGAAUACGUUCCUAUCAAAGAAAUGCCCCAAAUAACAUGGAAUUAACAUUGAUCGGUAAGCACAAUGAAAAAAAGAAAAUAUAUAAUCAGAAAGAAAAUUCUAAAAGUAAAGAAGAUCAUGAAAAGUCAUCACAAAAUGCACUUCCUGUAAUAGGUGUUUGGGAAUUUGAACGUGAUGAUGAUGAAUAUAUUAAAUUCCUUGACCUUUUCUUGAGUUAUGUUCUUGAAAGAGACCUAAUUAGUUCCGGUGAUCCUGGUAUUCCAUUUCUAACCAGUUUUUCUUCACAUCUUAGAGAACAUGAACUUAAUUCUUUGGUUUUUGAUGUGCAUACAACCUUAAAACGACGUCAGGGCAAAACAAAAAGCCAGAAUGUGUUUAGAGCUGGGUCUUGCUUUGUAGUUGCUCCUGAGUCAUAUGAGUCUGAAAACUCAUCCUCUUUAAACAAUGAAUGUGUCAUACGUUUGGAAAACCAGGCACUUUCUGCCUCAGCAGUGGUUAAUCAAGGCAUCAGACCUUGUAUAGAGAAUCCUUUGAAUGAAGUCAGUAAAACUGAAGCAAAGAGUGGAUUGUUCGGUUUAAAACAAAAGUCAAUUUACAGAAUGCAAAAUGACAACCCAGAGAAGCCUCUAGUCCACAGAUUGUCGAGCCACAUUUUUCUAACUCCCAAUUCCAUUAAAACCAGAAGAUGUGUUUUCAAAGCAAUUCAAAGCAAUGAUCUUAACCGUCAAGAAGAUCUUCCUCUAGCACUAAGUAACAGAUUUGGCAAUAUAGGAAGGCUGCUGGAAUGGAUGAUAAGAUGGUCUGAUAGAAGACUACUCUGUGAUUCUAGUAUCACUGAGUCAUCCUGGGAAUACAGUCCAGUAAUUCGUGUAAAGACCUCUACAGCUGCCAUUCUUACAUCAUUGUGGCUUUUAGGACAACCCUAUUUUGCUACAUACAAAGCAAAAAAUGCCAUUAUUAAGGUUCUAGAGAAUCAUUACUCUAGGUCUCAGAAUGGCCCCAGUAUUGAUAAUGAGAGCAAAACAGAUGCUGGCUGUUCACUUGCUGUAUCAACUGAAGGUGUGGCUGAGGAAAGAAAUGAUCAAAAUGAAUCUUGUCAGAAUAUCUUCAAAAUGCCAACUGAAGCAAGAAACCCUGAAAUAAAAGAAAUCAAUGAUAAGAUUAUUUCUGUCACUUGUAAUCCCAAAAAAGAACUUAGAAAUAUUGAUGAGGAUCUUUUAGAUGAAGUUGAAACAUUCACACAGGAGAAAAUGGAUAUGAAUAUAUCAGACUAUGAAGAAAGCACCAAUGAAUCCAUUGAAAUCCCCCAAAAUCCCAGUAUUGCUAUUUGCAUGCAGACUUUACCACAAUGUUCAGAAGAACAUUCCACGGGAGAGGUUCGGUGUUCGAGAGAAGAACCACUGGAGACAUGUAUAGAGAAAAACUCAACUGGGCAGAAAAGUAUGAUUGAAGACUUUUCAAGUUCAGAACAUACCAUUCCUCAUUCAUUCUGUGUAGACAUAAGUUCAGAGAUCUCUAGUGCACAGGUUUCGGCAUUUAAAGAUAAACCUUCCUCAGUUCCACCUUUUGUAUCAAAUGGAGUCAGUGUUCCUUCACAAACACCUGUUUUAUCACCUCGAAAGACUCAGAGAAAUGAACCCAGGGCUCCAUUACCAGAUUCUUCGGAUUCUGUUAGGCAGAUGCUCCAAGAUGAAAUGUUUAAAUUAGUUCAGCUGCAACAGAUCAACUUCAUGAGCCUAAUGCAGAUAGUAGGGUCAUCCUUUGCUAACCUCCCGAAUAUACAUCAACUUAUACAGCAGUCUCAGUCUGCACAUUUGGUGGGAAGCCAAGUGUCAAACCCCAUAAGAGGAAGUGGUGAUGUCGAAGACACCAGUGGAAAUCUUAAGGACAGGUUUUUCAUUAAACCACAAUCCACAGGAGAGGACACCAGAGAGUCUGUCAAGAACAGCCCACACUGCCAUAAAGGAAUUGCCCGAUCUGAUCCAAACAGCAAUGGAAAUUUACAGAAUGUACCACAAGAGAGUAUUCCUUUAUGUCGUAUAGAAGGCCAACCCCAGAAUACAGGACCAACUCCAACAUCUCAAAGCUUACCACCCACUUCAUUGCCUCCGGCCACUGCUGCAAAUACUCACCUCCACCUUUUGUCCACAUCUGCCAUUCCGAAGAUACCUAGACUUAUCCCAUCUGCAAAAACUUUUAGUCCUGGCGAUGGUUUUCCUUUGCUUUAUUUUCAGCCUAAGCAUGAAUUCAAGCCCCUUUCCUUACCUAGUGGGAGAGUUCCCCAAGUUCGCUUCAGGCCUGUGCCACAGCCAAGAGAGGCUUGGGGAUUAUCUGAUUCCUUCCAGCCUCCUUUACCACAGAGAGAAGGGCAUACUACAAUUUCUCAUUUGAAUUUGAGCCAGUAUGAUACUGAAGCCAUAAAAAAAGCAGUUGAGCAGAAGAAAUGGGCAGAAACUGUAACUACAGAAAUCCCUACGCAUCUGAACAUGGAUCAGUAUGUUGGACAAGAAAACUUGACGCCUCAACAGAACUCUUCAAUAUAUAUAAAACCAGAAAAACUAUUUGAGGUUAAGCGAGGGCCCCUUGAGAUAUCUCCUCAGAAUUCCUUUGGAUUUCCAUUAUUGCACCUGCAAUUUAAACCUCCUUAUAUGUUUUCAUCUACCUCGAGAGCAUCAGUUACUGUUCCCUCAAAGCCAGUCAGAAUGGUAGCAGAAGAAAGAAAAUACUCAAGUCUAUCAUUACUUCAUUCAUGUCUAUCCCCCGAAAAUACGUAUAAAAAACCACAGCUUAUCCCACUUGAAAACCUCAUUGCAUUUAAACAAAGCCAACAGAGACUAACACAUAACUUAUUUGGAAAAGUGGAUCCUGGACAAAUUCCGCUUCUAAAUGUCAAAAUGGACUCGUCUGAAAUAAGACAAGAAAAGGACAAUAAAAAAAGGCAAAGAAGACGAGCUGAGAAAGAGCUGCAAGAAAAAGGUUCAGAGAAACUGAGGAAAAAACCAAGUGUGACUUUCCAACCAGAGGAUUCCAUCAUUAAUGAUAAUGAUUCAGAGGUGGUUAUCAAACCCAAGGAGCAGCAAGAACACUGUGGCUCCCAGCCUUUGGAUGACUUUGAUAUUCCUUUUGAAAUGCUGCAACGUGACAUUACUACUUCAGCUGGAUUGCAUUUCAUGGCCUCCGUAAGGAAGAAAGCUGUAGAGAGUCAGGAUGCAAGUACAAAUACAGACCCAGUACAAGAUAAGGAAGCUGCUUCUCAAGAAGUUGUUUCUGAAUGUGGUAAAAAUCAAAUCACUUCUACAUCAGAACAUGAACUUGUGAGUGUUACUCAGCUGUCGGCUCCAGAUGUCUAUCUAAAUCUCAGGUUUCCUACCGAAAUAUCAGAGAAACCUUUGUCACCUUCAACUGAAGCAAAUUUGGUUGGACACACUUACAUAGAUGUGAUUGACAUUGAAGCUGGUGAUCUGCAGGAAUUACCUGCCAGAGAAGAGCCUUUAGAUGAUAAUAUUAGCAACCAGCAAAGCGAUCUUCUAGAAGUUCUGUCUUCUGCAGAGUUACAUCAUAUGGCAGCUUCCGUUACUAAUGCUGUUCCCCGGCAUGGUAUUAAGAGUCGAGAAUCUGCCAGGUCUGCUAUGGAUUCAUUUUUUAAACCCACAAAAGUGUUUCCAGCCUGUCUGGAUGUAAAAAACUGGACAACAGGCGUUACAGAAAUGAAGGAGCCUAGUAUCAUCUCACCUACACCAUCAGGAGUACAGCAGAACAAAGAUCUACUGAAGCCUGAGUUCCAAUUCAAAGAACAGAGCACAAAGUCGGAAGUUGCAGAAGAUUACCUGUUGUGGAAACUGCUGCAGGAGGUCUCUGAUGCUCCCCCUGCACCGAGUCCUGCGGCGCACAGACUAGAGCACCUCACGUCUAAGCUUCGGGAGAUUGAUGAACAGCUGUUGGCAGUACAGAACAUUGCCGAAAACAUAGAGCAGGAUUUCCCCAGACACAAAGUGGUAGAACCGGUGGAUUACAUUGAAUCAUCUUCUGGCCCUGAAUUUGAUAAAACACUGGCUGUAAAAACCAUAAGCAUUUCUGAAGAAGUGCAUUUCCUGACUCAUAUGGAUAAAGAAGAUCAAAGCGACAAAGAGGAGACUUCAGAACCUGAAUUUUCUGUAAAAGAAAAUUACUCAAGUCAGAAAGCCAGUGUGUUUCCUUCUGCCGACUCAGCUGUCAGCCUUUCCACUGACCAUACUGCUACCGCUGGUAUGAAUAACAGUGGUGAGUUUUUUGAGAGUGUUUCAGUAGAUCCACUCCAGAUGACUGGAUUGACUGAUAUUGCAGACAUUAUUGGUGACCUUAUAACAAAAGAUGGAGUUUCCAGUGAAGAGCUUGGCUUAACAGAACAACAAGCCAAGACUAUCUCCAGGAUUCAGCAUACUUCUGGCAGACGUCCACAAAGAAGUGAGAAGGAGAGAAGAGAGAUUCGCAUCUGGAUGAAAAGAAAACAAAAAGAAAGAAUGGCAGAGUACUUACAUCAGCUGGCAGAAAAGAGAAGGCAAGAGCAUGCUCCUUUCUGUCCCAGGAACAAUCCAUUUUACAUGACUUCAAGGGAAAUCAGGCUGAAACAGAAGAUGAAGUAUGAAAAAGACAGGUUGCUACUCUCUGACCACUACAGUCGUCGAAUCUCACAAGCAUACAGUCUGAUGAAUGAACUGUUAUCUGAAUCAGUGCAGCUACCAACAACUGCACAGAAACCACUGCCUAACAAACGAAGAACAGCUCAGGUUUCCAGACAGGGACACUCCCCUUGUCCAAACAGAGGGAAUCAGCAUGGUCACAAUUUUCCAAUAAAUCAACAUAGAAAAGUCAGCUGUAUAUCCAAAUCAAGUUACAUCCAGAAGGGGAAAUCUUUUGCUCAACCUCAGGAUUUACCUUGGCCAGGUGGAACUGCCACUUUUACCAUCCAGGAAAAAGCUGGCGGAGCCCAAGCGGCAAUAUGGAACGCUGUGCAGUCUCCAGGUAUCUUCCAAAAGGGCUCUGAUGCUCCAUAUCACAGCCUGCAGCAUACAAAAAACUGUGGAACCAAGGGGUGUGUAGAAUAUGAGAGAGAGGAGACUGUGGUAAGUCCCUGGACACUACCUUCAGAAAUCCAUAAGAUUCUUCAUGAGAGCCAUGAUUCCCUUCUACGAGGCUUAUCACCACCUGAAGAGGAUGAGCCAGAGCUAUCUGUUGGGGUGAGUGGCAUGGACAGCAGGUCUGAGAGCACUGGCAGUAUCCUCAGCAAGCUCGACUGGAAUGCCAUUGAGGACAUGGUGGCCGGAGUGGAGGACAAGCACCUCUCUGUCCACUGGGCCCUGGGCCUGUAAGACCUGAGUAGCAUUCUGUUUCCAAGCAUAGGCUAGCACCUCAGUAACGUGGUACUGAGAUUUGUGGAUUUAAGGGAAAGGAACAAGGAAGGAAGCAAUGUGAGUUUGCCAUCUGCAGCCAUAUUAUUACCUGGAUUAGCCAUUUCAAGAGGAAAAAUAAACAUUUUCAAUAAUUUUACCUUCAUGGGGAAAGGGUUGUUUAAAUAUGGAUUUAUUAUAUGUUUUACGUUUGACUCAUCUUGAGGCAUAAUAAAAAAGAUGAAUUCCUUUCAAAUCAAAUUUGCAUAAUAUUUGAAGUACUUUCAAUAAAAAUCUUAUUUCUUGCCUUCUUCUUUACUACUCCUGAGUUCUGAGGAACAACCUUAUAUGGGUGAAUAUGAUGGCAAAAUCCUCUUUAUUUCAUUGAGGAGAAGAAAGUUAAAAUCUCACUUGAGAGACUUAAUCAUGGAACCCAUUUUAAAACGUAUCCUAAAAUCCAUCUGUGCAGGGACCGCCGUGGUGUUUGUUGUUAGUUGCCAUCAAGUUGAUUCUGACUCAUGGCUACCCCAUGUGCUCUGCUUAGAGUCUAGCUAAUCAUGCCUUAGUCAGGGUAAUACCCUCAGAGAGCUAUACAUUCAUGGGACUCACCUCAUGAGCUUCUCUCCUCUCUUGAGGAUCACGCCUGUAGUCCAAUGCCUGAAAACAGUUGCCUCACAUAUAGUUUGUUCCAUUUUAUAUUUGAGGCAGGAGGGCUAGUGUGGUACCGUUACUCUGUCAUAGCUGGAAGCAUAAUUCUUCUCUUAGUUUCAGUGAAUUUCAAAUCCAUACAACAAACCUGAAAAUGAGGCAGGAUAUGCAGGACAGGAAUAAUGGAGGAGGCCUAACAGCCUAGGAGGUCUCCAGCCUCUAGCUUGAAUAUGAUCUCAUAGUCUUCAGAAAAUGGAGAUAAUGACAGCUUUAUUCAGUGGCUCUGAAAACAGAGGAAACAUCAAAUGAGUAUGUUUCAGAUCCUGCUGCUUCUAAGACGGGGUCUAGACUUAAUGCCCUCCAUGCAUGAAAUGAAAGGAGCCAUUUCCAUGUCUAUAUCUUAAGAACUUACCAUGCUCAGGGAUAUCUCCAGUUACCAAGAGUGUUCCCCAGAAUCUC